AUGUCAGACCAGCAGGCCGCGCUUGACGCCGCUGCCGCCGCGAAGGCUGCCGCAGACGCUGCCCGGCAGCUCACGAUCACGCAGUGGACGCUGUACUCUUUCGGCAUUCUCGUCACCAUUCUACGGACGUAUGCACGCUUCAAGGCGGUCGGGUUUAACAACUUUGAGGGGGACGAUUAUUUUGUCUGGGUAGCUGCGAUCUUAUACUCUGUGCAAAAUGCUCUCGGCCACGAGGUCGGCCAUUCGGCCCACGGCUUGGCCAACAACGCCAUGACGCCCGAGCAGCGCGCGACGCUGUCGCCGUCUGAUCCCGAAUAUGAGAUGCGUGUUAUCGGCUCCAAGAUCCAGGUAGCGGGCUGGACCUGCUACGUGACGCUUAUGAUGGCGCUGAAAGUAGCCAUGUGUUACUUUUUUUUGCGUUUGACCAAAGGCCUCGGCCGUAAUUACCGCAUCCGCGUGUACAGCGCCUUCGCCCUGGUGAUCGGCGGCUGGCUGGCCGCGGUCCUCUCCGUGCUGAUCGGCUGCCGGCCUUUCCAUAAUUACUGGCAGAUCUACCCAGAUCCGGGCAUGAACUGCUACCCGGCCGUGUCACGCCCGAUCGUGUGGACGUCGUACGUGACGACCGUGCUGGGCGACAUAUACCUGAUCCUGAUCCCAAUCCCGCUGCUGUGGCGGUCUCGUCUGCGGCUGAUUGAGAAGAUCGCUUCGACGCUGGUGCUGGGCGCGGGUAUUUUCGUUGUGGCGUGCUGCACGAUUAAGACUGUGUUUGUUAUUACUGACGACAAAAACGGUGCCCAACUCGCCGGAGAAUGGGGCACGCGCGAGGCCUUCACCGCCGUCAUCACUACCAACCUGCCCAUGGUCUUCCCGCUGAUCAAGCAAUGGCUGCGCCCGCUGAUUGGCAGCAGCAACAAGUCGAGCAAGCAGUACAAGACGCCUGAGGGCUUCCAAACCAUCGGCGGCGGUGGCGGCAGCGGCUCGCACACCCGCGGGCGCAUGACCAAGACCAACCGCUCCAACAACCCGCUGACCAACGUGACCUUCACCGAGAGCGAGGAGCGCAUUGUAAACGACAUGAAACUGCAGAACAUUAAGGUUGCCGCGACAGCGACUGCUGCGCCGGCUGAGAAUGGAAAAGAUGUCAACCACGGCUUCCAUGGCAUCAUGGUCAAGACCGAGUACCAUGUGUCAGAGGACCGCAGCAGUCAUAACGAGCAAGACCCGAAGCAGCCUGGGGAUGCGUGGUAG